AUGGGAAAAUACAACUUCGCAGCGCUCAGAGUGCGCCAGACUGCUCUUCAGUCAUACGCUGCGAAGAAGAUUCGACAGCCUCCUAUGUGGACCGACAUAGUCCGUGAUAUUCCGCCCGCCCAGAUCCUUGUACGCAGUCAACCACAGCAGCAUCAACUUGUACGGCAGCGUCUGAAAACCGUCCCUGGAGAGUCAAAACCGCGGACUGUAUUUGAGGUUCAAGAGAAGCGCUUGAAACCGAAGAAAGCCAGUCGCAUGUUCUUGCCCGUCGAGAUCAAGUAUGAGGAGGAUCAGCUGCGCAAGGAAUUCUUCAAAGACCACCCUUGGGAGCUUGCGAGACCUAGGAUCCUUGUUGAGAAGACUGGUAAAGACUUCAUUCACUAUGACUGGAGUCGGAUGCAGCAGCCUGGUAAGAGAUUGGAUGGCGAAAGUGUUGUGCAACGGCAGCUGUGGCUUUUGAACAACGUUCCCGAUAUGACAAAGAGUGCCGCAUACGAUAUUGCGCGACGAGAAUUCUACCGACUCCGUCUACAAGAGGACAUUGAGCGUCGAGUAGCUGCAGAAGAAGCGGAAGCCACCGGGGCGACAUUUGGGCCUUCUGCUCUAGAGUGGGGUAUGGAGUUUGAGAACCAGCAAUUCGAGGUCUGGAAGAAAUGGGCGAAAGCAGAGGCCCAGGCUCUGGCGAACCGCAACUCAGCAAACGCCAUGGCAGCUGGGACUUCCGAGGCACCUGAUGCUGAUGAGGGCACUGGGUCUGAGGAGGACGUCGUUGCUCAGCCAGCUUGA